GGCAUCCCUACUGUCACUGUCAGUAAACAAUUUAUUAACGUGUGAUUUUGGAAUUUGCCUUUGUUUUUGAUUAUUUCUGUGUAAUCUCAUUUAUAUAUUUCCUCUGUCUCAUUACCUAACAACAAUCAAUAAAAAUAUUUGGGUCACAAAAAUUAGGCAUUGCAAGCCACAAUGAGUUCAGCUGAAGAUAUUUCAGAUAAGAAAACAAUGACUUUUGCUGAGAAACAAGCAGAACGCAUGAAGAGAUUACGUUCUUUACAUUCGGCUCGUAACGAGGCCAGAACACAUAAUCAUCAGGAAGUUGUCGCUGAAGAAGCUAGGAAUAAACUGCCUCCGAACUAUGAAGCCAAACGUCGCCAGGCUGAGUGGUUACUCGAUGACCAGAAUAAACGCGAAGAGGCUGAACAAGAGGGUAAAAAUUACGACAGAGUUAAACUUCUUAACAUUUCUGCAACAGAAGCAGAGAGACUAGAGCGUAAAAAGAAGAAAAAGAACCCGGAUCAAGGAUUCUCAACGUAUGAGCAAGCGACCGUGCGUCAGUACAAUAGGUUAGUAAAAAAUAUGCCUGCAGCUGAUAUGGAACAGUAUGAAAAGGAAAAACAAAAAUAUGGUGAUGCAUUCUAUGGAGGGCCAAAUGUUAUUAUUCACGGCAUGCAUCAAGAUCGUAAGGAGGCUGUUGAUAAAAUGGUAAAUGAUUUGGAGGGUCAGAUAGCAAAGCGUGCUAAAUAUUCCCGUAGACGUAUUCACAAUGAUGAUGCAGAUAUUGAUUAUAUCAAUGAGAGAAAUGCUAAGUUCAAUAAGAAGUUGGAGCGAUUCUAUGGGGAGCACACGGCAGAGAUCAAACAAAAUUUGGAAAGAGGAACAGCAAUAUAGAAAUAUAGUGUAAAUAUUAGUUGCUUAAGAUAGUAUAAGUACUCUUUUUUCUCUAGUUAUUUAUAUAACAACCAGGUAUAUCAAGUACUGUUAUUUUGUGUAAUUGUCAAUGGAUAGAAUAAAUAACUUAAAAACAGUUUCAGUAACAAGUUUAUUUUGAUAAAUGUGCUGGUUAAAUAAAAUAAUACAUACCUAAUGAUAUUUUACAAUAUUGAUACCAACCUAUAAAAGCACUAAAUGAACAUUGAAUACAAUACAUCUGUACAAUACAAAUUUUAAUAGAAAGUAUGAGAACACCUGUUUAUUGUAUAAUUUAUUUCCAGUUCAAGUAUAUUACAUAGAUAUUUUGUAUAUCACUAUUUACAACAGACAAACAACUUGGAUGAUACUGCAAUGAAUGUACUAUGUUGUUAAGUUGAUUGAACUGAAGUAUUUUGCCUUUUACAAUUUUUACUACUAGAUAAUAAAAUGAGGAUCUUUAAUGUGUUUAUAAUUAUUUGGGAGUCACCUUGAAGCAAUAGGCGGGCAACAUAUACCAGUCUCAAUUCCAUUAUCCAACAUGGCUCUAAUACUGUUGGGUCUCAUCCUAAAAGAUUAUAUCUACUACUCCAAGUUGUUUUAGCCAUAGUGAGCACAGGUUUAAUACUGGAAUAAUUUUAAAAAAAGUUUAGAGCUUGACUAGAAAUCACAGUAGGUAUAAUGUUUCACGAUGUUAAUUUUCAAUUGACAUCAAAAUAUAUAUUUGAAAUUCCAAAAUACAUAUCUUUUUAAAGUUUACAUCUUCAAUUUACAGUAUUUCCAUACUUUAUAACUAGUUUCAUUUGCAGCCCAAUUUAUUAAUCAGGCACCAAGUGAAGGAUUUUUCGAAAAUAUUACUAGUUACAGUUACAGUACUAGUACGUUAGACAACAUGUUUUCCUAUGAAACUUUAGCUGUUUCUUCUUCCAGAUACCUGUAUUUGGACUCUUGAUUAUUUAUUACAUAAGACUGGAGCCCUUGAGUCAAAUGUCCUAACUAGUGUGUCGUACUUUUGUGCUCCCGGUGCAAGAUUCUUCCACAAUGUCUUACAUAUCAUUGACAAAGAGCGCCAUACAUACAUAAAAUCCCGGCUCUUUGCCAGAGGGGUAGGAGAGUUGCCAUGGUCCCUGCAUACUUCUUUCGCUUUAUCCACUCUCUUCAUGCAAGUUCAUCGGUUUCCGGUACUCUUGACUUGAUCUUUUGCCAAGACAUCCUUUCCAAUCCGACCUUUCCGUCCACACUCCUUGUAUAUUGGCUUAGUCAACCUGCUUUCAUGCAUCGCCUCCACAUGACCAUACAUGACAUACCACCUUAACAUACUCUUUUCUAUACCUGUUACUAUAUCUUCUUUUAGAUUCCCUUCCCUUAUCACGCUGUUUCUUAUCCGGUCACUCAAUUUUAUACCGAACAUACUCCUUAACGCUCACAUUUCCACUGAAUUUAUUCUGCUUUCGUGCUUCUUUUGCCAUACCCAACUUUCACUCCCAUACAUUAAUAUUGGGACCAACACGCCCUUAUGCUCAGUCCGGCGAGCCUUUUUGGACAGUUUCUGAAUUCUCAUAAAGGCAUGCAACGCUCCAUUCAUCAUGUUUCCCGCGUUCACUUUCCUUUCAAUUUCACUAUCACACUUGCCAUCUGAUGUAAACUUCGAUCCUAGAUAAACAAACUCUUUCACAUGCUCUACUUUUUCUUUUAAUUAAAUAAAUUAUGGCUUGCAUGAUUUUUUUAUGUUUCCAUUUAGGUACACGAAUCGUUUCUUAAACUGGGGGAUUAUUAUGGUUCGAUUGUUACUUAGGUACCAUUUAAUUCCUAACAGACUUCAAAAUAGGAGGUUCUCAAUUCUACUAUUGUUCUAAUAAUAUGAGCUUUUUUUAAAAAUAUAAACAUAUUUCAUAUACACUUAUUUAUUUUUCAAGGGUUUUAUCUACAAGUAAAUAACUUACUUUAAUAAGUACACAAACGUUAUAUCUCAGAUAUAUUUAUGACUUUAAUAUGUAAAUGUUUAAAAAAAUUAAUUCGUUCGUUUUUACAUAAUUGAAAUGUGACUAGGAUUACCGGACCGAUUUUCUUUCUAUGUCAAUGGAUGGCAAAACAAAUUAUAAUUUUCUUUGAAUUAAAAAGUAAUGAUGCCUUGGUAAUGUAGUAAGUAUUUUAUUCAAUCACUGACAAAUUAUUUAACAUAAUAAAAAUUUAAAAAAUUCCAUAAUCAUAAAAUUAUAUAAUUUAGACAAUAACCAAAAAGUAAAUUGUAACUUUUCAUAUUUACGUUGAAAGAAAAACUAUUAUUGUACUUAAAAUUAUUUACUGUACAGUCAACGUUUCAAUGCCAAGUUACCCCCUGGUUAUAACUCAAUGACUUUGAGGCGGUAAUUGAGAUGAAUUUGAGCAGUUUGAUUGUACAUAAGCUUUACUUACAUCUCCAUUAUCUCAACAUCAUUACUUACAAUAUCAGUCCCACCCUAUUUCGUUCGAUAUGCAGAAAUAGACUAUUUUCGUUUACUUUUUUUAUUAUUUAAGGACUAACUUACUGAAACAAUAAAGAAACAUCAUUUUUGACAUAAACAUUUCUUAUAAAAAUUAUACUAAACAAAUACUAUGCAAAUUGUUUUCGUAAUUCAUUUUGUAAAUUUUAUUAUAGUAAUCCCUGGAUUAUAAUAAUUUAUAAUGUACUUACAUUUUUAACUAAGCGUUUUACAUUUGAAUUUAGGUAUUCGGUGCGCUAAGGACAAAUGUUAAAAUAUGGUGCCUUUAAAAAUUCCAUUGUAGAAAGGGUAAUUAGCAAAUUACCUUUUUUAUCUCAAAAAAGACAUGUGACGUAUCAUAUGCAAAUGCUUGGCCUGCAAGAUUUUUAACUUAAUUUAAGUAAUCAAUCAUGAAUUGUCUUAAUCUGAAAAUACGAUAAACUCCAUUAAACAUCAUGAACGAAUUUGAGACAGUAUUUACUUUUUUCGUAACCUUACUGCUAAACGGUAACUAUAACGUUUAGAUUUUAUUAAGUAAUUAUAUAUUUAUUAUUUUCCUAUCCAACUUAAGUGCAGCAGUUUUGAAAUGUAAAUAACCGAAAGUUAUCCGCAUUUGGUUCAACAGCACUCAGUAAGAAUAGGAAAGAGAACGCAAUAUUCAAAAAUAAAUCGAUUAUCAGUUUUGGAAUGUGUAAAAUUAAAUAACAUUAACAACACAAAAAUCAGACUUUUUAAUUCUAAACUACCAAAUGCGAAUAUCACAGAUAUAUUGAUCAAAUCGUACUACUGCACUUAAGAUAGUUAAGUAUUUAUUACAUAUUUUUUUGACAAGCCUUUGCUCGCGAUGUCUGUUCUCUAUCCAAAAAUAGACAGUUGUUCAUUUGCUGACCGUACUGACCAAAAUUAUCAGCCUUUUAACUUUUUAUUCCCUACAAUUGGUUGAUAAUAGAUCGGUUUUGAACAAUUGGUGGUAUUUUGUUAGGUAUUUUGGCAUGAAAAAUACAUAAUUUACCCAUAACAUCGCGAGUGAAGGCUUGCCUUGAUCUACCACUACGAUCACGUUUAAUUACGCGCAUCUCAUAAAACCCACGAUCUUGUUAUAUUAUCUGGAACGAAAAUUUUGAAAUGAUUAUUGCCAAUAAUUGCCAAUUCAUUGUCUUAAUUUCAGCCGAAUAUUUCUUUCCAAUAUUCAAUUUAUAUUGAUAUACUUACUGCGCCGCCCCGGUGUCACACGCACUGUUAUUCCAUCCCGAACUGCGCAGAAAUAAAUAAAUAAGAACAAAUUUUAAUAAAUAAAUUUCCAAAAUAACACAGCAUUCGUUUGAUACAACAGCAUGUUAUGGGAUUAAUAUGCAAACCAAAACUUACCUCGAAUCAAAAUAUAAGGUAGGAAAAUCGAUAACAUUCAAAGGACAAAAUUCAUAAUAACGAUUUAUUUAAUCUCAAAUAUACAUAAAGUCGAUCACAAUUCAAUAAAAUCUAAAAUUGGACUAAUGACAUAACAAGUUUGAAAGCUUCGUUUAAAACUAGGCGUAAACUGAAACUUACUGUGGUUAGAUGUAUGAGAGACUGCUGUUAGCCUCAGCUCGCAUUUAACUCAAAUUCCCAUUCCGAGGGAAUUUUAAGAAAAAGUGGCAAUUAAGAAAGUUUUUCUGGAAGGUCUAUACUAUCUCUGUGCCAAAUUUCGCCAAAAAAGGUCUAUUAGUUUUUGAUUUUAUUCGUUACAAACAAAAGUAUAAAAGAUAAAUAAGGGUAAAUUGAGCGGAAAUUCCCUGCCUGUGAUAAUUGUCUCUAGCGCCAUCUCUCUCUAUCUCCAUUUCCAUACUACACGAUUUGAGUAAAAUGUUAGACAGGCACACUUAAUUCCGUUUUACGCCUCACUUCAAACAAAGCUGUAAUAUGUAUAUCAAGCUACCUGUGAAUUUGGGUAAGGCCUCUUUUUGGUGCCAUUAUUCAUAAAAUUUAAAAUUGUGCUUACUAAAGACAUUACAUAUUGCUAUAGGUUAUCUAUUCGAAUUAUUUCAGCAUGUCACAAGAUCUAAACAAGUGAUAUUUUAGUCUUGAGCCAAAGUAAUAUCCUAAUAGUAUACUGUUAUCACACAGCAUUUUGAAAAUCACGAACUGUAAUUUAUUAAUAGACUGACUGUAAUAAUCAUACUGUAUAAUCGUAAUACAUUGGUAUUAUACGUAUCAAAAUAUAAAUGAUAAGUCAAAAUAUUACGACAGCUAAAUAAUUCAAGGCCUGGCCUAUCACAGUUAAAUUCGAUAAUAACAUACAGUUAUCAUACCUUUAAGAUUUUAUCGCACCUAAAUUAAAAAGAAAAAUACUUUCCUAAUUUAAAUAUUUUUAACUGCAACAUGAAAGGCCGGCACACCAAAAGCAGGUCAGAAGUAGUUUAAAAUCGGGCCUGCACCGAGUUGUAAUACAAAAACUCUUCAAAAUCUGCUCCUGACCUGCUUUUGGUGUACUCGGGCCUUAACCAAUUGUAACCACUUUCUAGUAACAUAUUAAGUACUUACAAAUAAAGUAGCAUUAAGUACAUACUAGUGAAGUAAAUAAUGGCAAUUUAAAUUAAAAGUACGUAAAUUCUUCAUAAAAUUUACAGUUCUAUCUGUGAUGUGGCUAGCGAAAUGUUCUUAAAAAUAUUUAUGAAGCCUACGCAUUAAAUGGUUUUUUUUUUAAUAAAUAAGAUCUAACUAUUUUCGUGUUCAAUGGCUCACUUU